AUGGCAUCCGCCCCUGCACCCGCACAGAAGGUCAUUGUUGUAUACGGUGCUACCGGCACCCAAGGAACAGCCAUCACGCUUUCCCUGCUGGAAAGCAAGGAGAACUUUGCCAUCAGGGCACUGACCCGCAAUCCGGAAUCCGAGAAGGCGCAAAGCCUGGCUCGUCUUGGGGCCAACGUCGUAAGGGCAGACGGGCACAAUGACGAUCAGAUGAGGGCUGCGCUCGAGGGUGCAUGGGGGUUCUGGCUGAAUACGCACCACCAUGAUGCCGCUGUGAUGGAACCCAACGGGCCAAGCGAUGAAGACCUCGGGCGCAGACUGGUCACUAUUGCCGCCGAGGCCGGCAUCAAGGUCUUCAUCUACAGUACCUGUGGCUCGCCGGCAGAGAUCACAAACGGGAAAGCCCCUGUCCCUGGAAUGGACGCGAAACACCGCGUGGAAGUAUUCGCCCGCCAAUUCCCCACCUUCGACGCCGUCAUCGGCGCCUGGCCAGCUUGGUACUUUGAGAACUUCAUCGACGCCGAGUACGCGGCUGCAUUUGGUGGAUUUCCCAUGCAGGCUGAUGAGGAUGGGUACCUCACCUUUACCAGUCCGCGGGUUGGGGGCGAGGGAACGGUGCAGACUGUCUCGGUGGCAGAUGACUUUGGGGAGAUGGUGCAUGCGCUGUUUCUUGAUCCGAGCAGGUGGCAUGGGCGUACGGUUCCGCUUAUGAGCGAUGCGUUUUCGUACGAGGAUAUGGUAGGGGCUUUUAGUCAGGUGACUGGAAAAAACGCUCGAUAUAUACCGAUGGAGUCAUACGAGGAUUUCCCGACGCACGGUGAUUCCGUUCUGGUCGAGCUGCAGGAUGUUUAUCGGUAUAUGCAGAAUGCGAAUGGGUGGUUCUUUGGCGAGCCGGAUAACGUGGAGACCUCUCAGCGGCUGAAGGACAAGGCUCGGUUGGACAAAGGCUUGGAACCACAACAUCUUAUCAGUAUGCAGGAGUACUUUGCGAAGCAUUAUGGGGGUCAGUGA